AUGUUAGUCCUAGAACUCUCUAGAACAAGGCUUAGUCAUAAAAAUGGGCAGUGAUACCUUGAUAGCAGUAGAAUUAGUUAAGAUAAUAGAGAGUGAACGAGUGUGUUAGUUAUCGCAGUCGCUAUUACUAUUAAUUUGUACAAACGAAGCAAACGCAUCUGUUCUGCGCAGUGUCAAAUUUGCCAGCCUAUCAACAAGGGACGUCACAUAUGGUUUGGUCUAGGGUUUUGGCGGAAGUAUUGCAAGAUAUAAUACCAGGGACAACCUCAAACCAACUGCACUUGUUCUGAGUCUGACUGCUUUUCAGAAAUACGUGUAUAUACCUUUGUUUUGACAUGACAGAGAACCAAAACCGCUUAAAUAAGAGUGAUUGCGAUGUUAUCCUUCGCAACCCCCACAUCUCCAGUAUGACCGAUGAUGUGUUGUAUCACCUGUCCCUUAGUUCAGGAUCUUACGACCUUCAACAGAUGUUUGGUGACAUCAAGUUCGUGUGCAUGGGAGGAACGCCGAAACGAAUGGAGAGUUUCGCUAACUUUAUCCAAAAGGAGCUGAAUAUUAAAUUACCAACAGGCACAGUUCUGGACGACAUCAGCAAGAGAUCUUACAGAUAUUCGAUGUACAAGAUCGGACCUGUCUUGUCCAUAAGUCAUGGUAUGGGGAUUCCAUCUUUGUCCAUCAUGUUGCACGAGGUCAUCAAACUGAUGUAUCAUGCUAAAUGUAAGGAUGUAAUUUUUAUUCGUCUUGGAACUUGUGGUGGAAUAGGACUUCCUGGUGGAACACUUGUCAUCACAGAAAGUGUUGUGGACGGUUUACUGCGCCCGUACUUAGAAACGCACGUGUUAGGAAAGACAAUAAAAAGACCAGCAGUGCUAGACAAAGAGCUGGCUGAAGAACUAAUGGAUGUCGGGAAAGAGCAACUUCCAGACUAUAACAUUGUGAUGGGAAAAACCAUGUGCACGUAUGACUUUUACGAAGGUCAAGGGCGACUUGAUGGAGCUUUCUGUGACUACAACGAACAGGAUAAAUUGAUGCAUCUAGAAGUAUUACGCAAGGAAGGUGUCACAAACAUUGAAAUGGAAUCUUUGGCUUUUGCAGCAAUGUGUAGCUAUGCAGGAAUAAAGGGUGCUGUUGUUUGCGUCACUCUUCUGAAUCGUCUCCAUGGUGAUCAAGUGUCGGUUCCUAAAUCUAAGCUUGAGGAAUGGCAACAUCGCCCACAAGAGUUGGCUGCAGCUUUUAUCAAGAAACGUUUAAAUCUUGUGUAGAAAACACCGUGAACCGGCUGUGGCCGCUGCAGGCUUGAAUUGAUUAGAACCCGAGUUUAUAGUUUCCUGUGAUUGUUGUAUAAAUACCAUUUUUACUUUAAUUUAUCGUUAUUGAUGUACUGAGUCGUUACUUAUUUGUUCUUUUAGCUGUGAGUUGCAUAAUACAUUCGUUUUUUAAUUAUAUUAAGUAUUUGAAGUUAAAAAAACGUUUUAGCCUUACUGCUAGUCUUUUUGGAAUAUUAUACAAUACAAUGAUAUUUUUCUACUCAUAAUUAUCUUAGUAUAUGAUCUUUAAAUAAAGAAUAACUUAAAAACAAGAAUAUUAUGAACAAAUGUAGAAACAGAAAAUACAUUUUUCUUCCUAAAGUCUUUUUUCCUGUCUCGACAGUUGAACUAUACCUGAAAAAUAUAUUAUGUGCUAAUGUUUCAGUGUUGGCUGUACAAAAACUCAGACUGUUAGUGAAUUUUUUUUCUUAGAGUUAUUGUGGCCUUUAAUUUAAAAAAAAAGUAUAUUUUCGGCUGCACAGCCCAUUUUAAUAAUUUCUGAAGGAUAGAAUUUUCCGCUAUAAAUCUAAACCAUAUUUUUGAAUAGUGAUGAUAUUAAGAAUUGAAAUAUAUGAGGACAACAGAGUUUUGAAUCGAUGAGAGUUAUAUGAGUUAAUAUUACAUUUCAAUGUUAAGAAUUGAAAUAUAUAUGAGAACAACACAGUUUUGAAUCGAUGAGAGUUAUAUGAGUUAAUAUUACAUUUCAAUGUUAAGAAUUGAAAUAUAUAUGAGAACAACACAGUUUUGAAUCGAUGAAACUUGUAUGACUUAAUAUUACAUUUCAAUGUUAAGAAUUGAAAUAUAUAUGAGAACAACACAGUUUUGAAUGGAUGAGAUAGAUGUGAGAUACGAUUACAUAUCUUUUCAUUGAUCUUGCAAACAGGAUUCAUUCCUUUUGUUUAUUUGAGAAGACCC